AAUGCUUAAAUUAAGUAAACGUGAUAAAUACUCGUGUAAUGCAAUUAGCGAGAGCGUUUUCACAGUGGCUCCAAAAAGAUUCGUAAUCGUUUUUUCUUAACUUUGUUUAAUAGAUGACCAAGAUUACUUCAUCCUUUAUGCACGUCAAAGAUGAAAUUGAUGACUACUUAAGUGGAUGGAAUAUUUCCGCAAUGAUUAUUGAGCCGAACAAACGAUUAGUAUGCGAUAGCUCUGAUAAGAUAAUAGAGGAUAAAUACCAAAAAAAAAAAAACACAGGGAAUGAAGAGGGAAGAAUUACAAUAAAAAGAGUAAAUUUGUAGUUCGGUUGCCAAGUUAUUUACUUAUUUUUAUCAUCGUAAUAAUAGGAAUUUAAUGUGUGUGUGCAUAGUAAAAAUGAUAACGAGUCGAGCGUAUGCUACAUAAGAGAGAGAGAGUGUUGUACACGAAACAUUUUGAGGGUCACGACGGACUCGCAAUACAACGUACCGUAAUCACAACGUAACGCGUCUCGUACAAAAUACAACUCCCACUCAUUAAACACACAAGGAGGAAAAACAAAUAAGCAGAACAGACGCGGCGACCACCGAAGGAAUGGGAAUAGUGAUGAAGGAAGAAGGAAGGACGUAGCUGCUUCUCUUGGUGAGGCGGAGUUUGCGAAGGAAGAACUGCGCGCGCGCUUUCUUGUUGUUCAAAAAGAUCUCAGUGUUUGUAAGCGAGAGAAGUAAAGGAACUUGAGUUAGAAUGAAGAAAGAAGGUUCGUCGUCUGUGGACGAGUCAGCCUCUUCGGCGGAGCGGGAGAACUUGACCGAGGUGAAGGAACCACCAUCGAAGGAAGGGAAGACGGCGGCAGAAGCGCGGAUCCUCGUCGACGAUGAUCUUUGCAACUCGAAUCCCACGUUCAGCGCGUCCGCCAAUCAUAGCCAGAUACCAUACAAACUCACAUGGAAGGACUCCAUCAAACAGAUUCUGGCAUGCUGCAUGAUCCACGCCGUCGUGAUACAAGCAGGAAUAAAUAUGUCUUUCAGUGCAAUAUUGCUGCCGCAGUUGGCGUCCGAUGACAGCAAAAUAGAAAUAAACAUUUCAGAGGCUUCGUGGAUUGCAAGUUUGGUGACGAUCUCUUUGCCGUUCGGCUCGAUAUUCGUCGGUCCGUUGAUGGACAGAUUCGGAAGGAAGAAGAUCGCUAUAGCAACGACGGUACCUUUUGUCCUCUCCUGGUUGUUACAUUACGGCGCCUACAACGUGUGGUACAUCUAUGUUGCCAGGGUGAUAGCAGGAUUCAGUUCCGGUCUGUCCACCGUGUGCCUCGUCUACGUUUCAGAGAUGUGUCACGCCAAUCUACGCGCGAUGUUGCUCAGCUUGAACAGCGUCUUCGUGUCUUUCGGAAUUCUCAUCACAUGCGCCUUAGGAAGCUACCUGCAUUGGAAGACCGUUUCUCUUAUUUACACGGUGAUCAUAUCGGCGACGUUCAUUGGACUGUGGUUCAUCCCCGAGAGCCCCCAUUGGCUCUUAUCGUUCAAAUGUGAUAAUCUGGCUGCGGCCAAAACGCUGAAAUGGCUUUACAGCGACGAUCAAUUUUUCGAGCGCGAAUUCAAGCGUUUGACGCAGAGACCAGAUACAGUUUCCUCCCGUAGCUCCUCCAACGAUAGGGCUCCUUUACUGAAGCUGCGCACCGGCUUCAGUGUGUAUAAAGAGCCCACAGUUUACAAGCCGGUUAUCAUCCUCUGCAUCUUAUUCCUGCUGCAGCAAUUGUCCGGCGCCUACGUGAUCAUAUUCUACGCGGUGGAUGUGUUCAAAGAGAUUGGGGGACACUUCAAAGGAGGCAUCGAUGAGUACACCUGUUUGGUGCUGCUCGGCGCGAUUCGCUUCAUCAUGUCCGUAAUAUCUGCUGUAAUCUCCAGCAAAGUCGGCCGAAGAACUUUACUCUGUCUGUCGGCUUUGGGGAUGUGCUUGUGCAGUCUAGUCGCCGGCUUGUAUAUGUACCUGAAAGAAGUGCCGCAAGAGUUGGAGAAGUUGCACAUCUCCAACGAGAAUGAUGAUAAUAUAACGUUAAUCUGCGUGCUCGGUUACGUGUGCUUCAGUGCUCUUGGAGUUCUGGUCAUUCCGUGGACCCUUAUAGGAGAAUUGCUUCCGGUCAGAGUUAAAGGGAAGCUGGGCGGUGUGAUCGUCGCCUUGGCCUACGUAUUUAUGUUCGUCCUCGUGAAACUGUUCCCUUACAUCCUGAAAGCCUUCAGGAUAGAAUUCAUAUUCUUUGUGAUAUCAAUCGUCAAUCUGGCUUGCAUCUGUUUCGUCUUCUUUUGCCUACCGGAAACUUUGGGCAAGACGUUCAAAGAUAUCGAAAACUACUUUAUAAAACGAGAUUAAUUUUAUAUAAUAUAUAUAUUGAUAAUAAAUAGCAGAAAUUU